ACCAAAUCAAGCAAGCGUUCGUGGGGAGGACUUGGGGCCUCGGCUCGGCCUAUAUUUUUACGCAUCUCUUUCACGCUUCAACUCCAUUUCCUCUCUUUUUCUCGAUUUUUCUCUCAUAUGGCGGCGUUUCUUUGCUAGAUUCGCGUAAAUCUGCUGCAGGUACGUUUGGACCGUUUAUCAUUGCCUGUUCGCCGAAAGGACUGGUAAAUGCUGAAACCCUAGGAUUCAUUGCACCUCCUAAGGAAGCCGUUUGCUUUUUGGGUGUGAUGAGAGGAAGUGCUGUUUGUUGCCGAACUAUUUGCAGGAAGUGAAUCUUCGUAUUGAGGAGUAAACUGCCGGUGCUGGUGGAAUGGAGCCUGUAGAGGUUUUGCCUCCAAAGCGCAGGGGCAGGAAACGGAAGAUAAUUGAAGGGCAGGAUGCCUCUGUGGAUUGCAGUAACAAAAGGAAGACAGUGGAGACUAGGUCUCUGAAGCUUGUGGGUAGAUACGUGGUUAAAGAAUUUCAGAGCAGUGGUUUGUUUUUGGGAAAAAUUACCUUUUAUGAGUCAGGUUUGUAUAGAAUAAUCUAUGAUGAUGGAGACUGUGAAGAUUUGUAUAGUGGUGAAGUAAAAGCAUUUUUAGUUGAAGAGGGUGAUUUGGCUGGUGAAUGGUCUGAAAGGAAAGAGAAGUUGGAUGAAUUUUUGCUAGGAAAAGAAGUGGGUGCAAAGAAUACAGAACUUAAAGAUGCCCCGGAGCUGGUCAAUGUGAAUUUGGUUUCUUCAUCAGUGAUUGGAGUGUCAAACAAUAUGGAAACAUGUGCUAAUGAAGUGAUUGAGGUUCAUGGUAAUAAUACCAGUGAUACUGAUUCUUCAAGUGAUUCAUGUGAGGACGCUCAAGAUGAUGAUUCCAAUCUAGACAUGGAGGACACAUUUGUUCCAAAACCAGAAUUUCCUCCCUCUUCUGGGCAUAUUGGUGUUCCGAAUGAAUAUGUUUCUCACCUUCUCUCUGUAUAUGGUUUCUUACGUUCAUUUAGUAUCCCUCUCUUUCUUUAUCCCUUUUCCUUAGAUGAUUUUGUGGGUGCACUCAAUUGCUCUGUUGCAAACACACUGCUGGAUUCUGUACAUAUUGCUCUAUUGCAUGUUUUACAGCGGCAUCUUGAAAGGCUCUCAUCUGAUGGUUUAGAGCUGGCGCAUAAAUGCUUGAGGUGCCUAGAUUGGAACUUGCUUGACACUUUUACUUGGCCUGUUUACACAGUCCAUUAUCUGAUGGUUAUGGGCUGUUUAAAUGCACCUGAGUUGAAAGGAUUCCCUAUCCAUUGCUUGGAGAGGGAUUACUACACUUUAUCAGCUGGAACAAAAUUGAUUGUUUUGCAGAUUUUAUGUGAUGAUGUUCUAGAUUCUGAACUGCUAAGGGUAGAAAUGGACAGGCGUGAAGAAUUGGAAGUAGGAAUAGACAUAGACUCAAGUACGGUGUUUAUGACUACUGGUGAUUCCAGAGGAUUCCAUCCUAGAUGCUCUAAAACAACAAACAACAUAGAAGCAAUACAAGUUGUUUCUGAAAAUCAUCAAAUGAAGCAUUCUCUUGGUGUCCAUUCUACUCAGACAAGUAGACCAGCUGGGAGCUCUGCAGAUGAGGAUGGUAAUGGUGAUGAAUGUCGCAUUUGUGGCAUGGAAGGAUUAUUGCUUUGUUGUGAUGGGUGCCCAUCAUCAUACCACACUAGAUGCUUGGGAUUAAAUAAGAUGCAUAUGCCAGUGGGUACAUGGUAUUGUCCCGAGUGUAAAAUAAGUGCUACUCAACCCAAACUUUUGCAGGGUACAAUUUUAAGGGGAGGCCAAUGUUUUGGGGUUGAUCCAUAUGGACAAGCCUUUGUUGCAACCUGUGAUCACUUACUUAUAUUGGAUGCCCCAAUCAGAUCAGGAGUCUGCCUCAGAUACUACAACAGACAUGAUGUUCUUAAAUUUCUACUUUCCCUCUCUUCUAAAGUAGAGCAUUUGGUUGCAUAUUCAGAAAUACUCAGGGGAAUCUUGCAGUAUUUUGAGAUACCUGAAAGCAUCCUACCUUGCUAUGGCAUAUCUGGAGUUGGUAUGCAGAUGGAAAAAGAAAAAGAAGUUAGUAAAACUGCAUGUCACUUGGAUAAUUUGUUGGGUAAAUCAGCUGUGGAGAUUGCAGAGGUUGAGAACUCUGGAAGUUGUACUACUCAUUCUAGUGCAGCAGAUAUGGUGAGUUCAAGUGUUACUAAGUAUGUUCAGGAACCUGUUAUAAUUGGAGGCUCUUUGGACAUGGGAACCAAAUCUGAUCAACUGGCUGUCAAAGGUUUGGCUGAACAGUAUUCUUGUGUGAGUAAGGACACUGUCUUGCAGGAACCCAUUACUUACAGUGGUUUACCUGGCCAGGCUUCUGAUACCAAUGAUUUAAGCCAACAAAGCACUUCAAGUGUGAAUGGAAUUGCCGCCUGUGCAAGACAAAAUGGCAAUAUUGAUCACAGCGGUCCCUUUGCAAAUGGUCUUCGUGAAUCGAAGUUGUCUAUUUUAUGCUUGGAUAACAAGGUUGACAAAAUGUCUAACUCAGACCCAUAUGAUGCUUGCUUGUUUAAGGGUUCUUUCUUCAAACCAACUGGUUAUAUUAAUAGUUAUGCACAUGGUUAUUUUGCUGCUUCAGCAGCUUCUAAUUUGGCCAUUCUUUCAUCAGAAGAAAAUCAAGUUUCUGAAUCCCGCCCUUAUAAUCGGCGAAAGGGUAUGCUUGACAAUGUUUCGCUUCAGGUAAAAGCAUUCUCUUCUGUGGCCGUACGAUUUUUUUGGCCAAAUACAGAGAAGAAGCUUUAUGAAGUUCCUAGGGAAAGAUGUUCGUGGUGUUUUUCUUGCAAGGCUACUGUAUCAAGCAAGAGAGGCUGCUUGUUAAAUGCAGCAGCUUCAAAUUCUACUAGAGGGGCUACAAAGGUACCUUGUGGUGUUCGUUUGAUGAAGAGUGGUGAUGGGAGACUCAGUGGAAUUGCAGCGUACAUCAUUUUUAUGGAAGAGAGCUUAGGUGGUCUUGUUGAGGGUCCUUUCCUCAAUGACACUUUCAGAAAAAAGUGGCGAAAGUUAGCUGAACAGGCUACAACAUGCAAGGCUGUAAAGAUCCUUUUGCUUGAACUUGAGGAGAAUAUAAGGACAAUUGCCCUAUCUGGAGAUUGGAUAAAGCUUGUUGAUAGUUCAUUCCAAUCUUCUACUUCUCAAAUUACAGCUAAUGCUGCUGGGUCAGCUCAGAAGCGUAGACCAGGGAGGCGUGGUCGGAAACCGUCUGCUGUAGUUGAAGAAAUUAGUGCUAACUACAAGGAUAUGUCCCCUGACUUUACUUGGUGGAGAGGGGGUGUGCUGUCAAAGCUGAUGUUUCAGAGGGGAAUCCUUCCUUGUUCCAUGAUCAGGAAAGCAGCUCGUCAAGGUGGUUUAAAAAAGAUAAUUGGCAUACACUAUGUUGAAGGACAUGAGAGUUCCAGAAUGAGCAGGCAGCUUAUCUGGCGCUCGGCAGUUGAAAUGAGUCGGAACUUGGCUCAAAUUGCACUUCAGGUUCGAUACCUUGAUUUUCAUGUGAGAUGGAGUGAUCUAGUUCAUCCAGAGCAGAACCUCGUCGAUGGAAAAGGGCCUGAUGCAGAAGUUUCAGCUUUUAGAAAUGCUUUUAUUUCUGAGAAGAAAAUAGUAGGACAUGACACAAGAUAUUGUGUUGAUUUUGGCAGUCAGAAACACCUGCCAUCUCGUGUUAUGAAAUAUGUAGCAGAAGUAGAGAAAAUCCUGGAAGAUGGGAAGGAAAGAUUCUGGUUUUCUGAGACACGCAUCCCAUUGUAUCUAAUUAGAGACUAUGAAGAAAAAGUAGUGAAAAACAAAACUGUGGAAGUAUUUUCCAAACUGCAGAGGUGGCUGGGGAAGGGUUCCCGUAAAAAUAUAUAUCCCUAUCUUUGGAGGAAGCAAGAUAACCUGGUCAGGAAUUAUUGCCCUUCCUGCCAUGAAGAUGUCUUGCAUAGGAAUGCAGUCAAGUGCAGUGCAUGCCAAGGUUCUUGUCAUGAGCAAUGCACCAAUGGUUUAGCAGUUGAAGUGAACGAGGGGGUUGAAUUUUUGAUCACCUGUAAAAAGUGCUGUGAAAGUCGAGUUAUCACUCACGUCCAGAGUAGUUAUGGAUCCCCUACAAGUCCUUUGCUUCUACAAACUCAAGACUUACCAAACGGUAGUAAUACCAAUAUACACGUGAACUCAAUAGCUUAUAAACAGCCACAAGCACCAGUGCCCAUAGAAAUUUCUUCUGAGAAGAAAUUGAGUAAUGGUUCUGCGGUUGCUAAGAAAACCAAAAAUAAACACUGGGGUCUUAUAUGGAGGAAGAAGAACGCUGAAGAAAAUGGCGCUGAUUUCAGGUUGAAGAACAUUCUUAUGAGGGGCAAGUCCGAUAGGGGUUCGACAGAACCUGUUUGCCGUCUUUGUAAUCAGCCAUACAAUCCUGACCUAAUCUAUAUAUGCUGCGAAACAUGCCAACAUUGGUAUCACGCCGAUGCGGUUGAAUUGGAUGAGUCCAAGAUUUCUAUGCUGAUGGGUUUCAAAUGCAGCAAGUGCCGCAGAAUCAGAUCUCCUGUGUGCCCGUACUUGGAUCCUGAAAAAAAGAAGGCAUUGGAGAACAGGAUCGACAGCCGAGCUCCCAAGGUGGAUAAUAUCGAAAAGGCCAACGAUUCUUGUCUAAAUUCCAAAUAUCUCAAAAAAGAAGGCCCAUCAUCUUUACCACCUCCCAUGAAAGCAGAAUUUCAUCAUCAACCACCAGCAGAUGAUCGGCGCCAUCCUUGUGUACCCCAAGUCGGGAAGUGCUCCAACACACCAAUGGUGGACAGCGAAUGGAAUAGCGCCACUCUUUCUAAUUCAGCUUCUCGAAAGCUUCCUGUUAGAAGGCACUUAAAGCAAGAGAAUGACACGGCCGAUCCAUUUCAGAUCGGCGCAUCUGUUGUAGCCGAGACCGAGAAAUUGCCCGUCAGGAGAUACACUUACACUGACUCUGCUACUGACCGUAUGCAAGUUGAAGCCCCAAAAACUCAAUUGGUCAAUUCUGACGAAAAAGCUGCUGACACAUUGGAAUACGAUGAUUGUCUUCAAUAUGAUGGUGCGGAGUUUGAGCCUCAGACAUAUUUCUCGUUCGAUGAGCUGCUCGCCUCUGACGAUGGGGGAAAUGGAUCAUAUGUGUUCCCGGAGAAUGAAACGCUCGAAAUAUCGUACGAUCAGGAAGAACCCGUCAUUUCUGUCGACGUAGUGCCCUGUAAGUUCUGUGCUCGCAUUGACCCGUUUCCAGACCUUUGCUGCAAAGCGUGCGGGAUGUGGUUGCACGGGCAUUGUUCGCCGUGGGUGGAGUCGUCCUCGUCCUCGUCGUGGGAGGACGGGUGGAGGUGUGGUAAUUGUCGGGAGUGGAGAUAAUCGAUUCUGUUUGUUUGUUUGUUUCUAACAGUGGGAGGAUGUGGUCCGAUGAAGUAUGUAUCUAUAUUGUUGUACAAGGAAGGAAGGAAUGAAUCAGAAAACAAACCAAACAGCAGCAGAGUGUGGUUGUAAGGUAAGGUGUAAGAAGGUAUCAUUUUUGAGCAUUGGUUGAUGAAUUAAUUGUUUGUGGGCAGCUAUGAAUGAAAUGACACUACUGCCUGCCUGCCUGCCUAUCGUAUCAUAUUUUGCCAUUCAUUCCAUCUAACUAAA